AUGUCCGCUGAUUCUGUUGUUGUUAAAAGGGAGACUGUCCCAGGAGUAUUAUACUUUUCUUCCAUACCAACGGGUAUGAAUGUUGCGAUGCUGACUGAUGAGCUUAGUCACUUCGGCAAAAUCAAUCGUGUUUACCUUGUUCCCAAAAAGUCAAAAAAGGAAAAAGCCCAGCGUUUAUACUCUGAAGGCUGGGUCGAAUUCUUUAAGAAGAAAAAUGCGAAGGAAGCUGCCCGUGCUCUAAAUUGCAUUGAAGUUCCCGGUGGAAAGAGAAAACCUUGGUUCGGUGAGUUGUGGAAUGUACAGUAUCUCCCUAAAGUUGCCUGGGGCGAUCUUUUUGCUAUUGAACAAAAAGAUGAGGAACAAAGACGUAUUCAAAAGGAUCGUGACAUUAUUGCAGCUAAAAGGCAGGCGCGUCAAUUCAAAAAUAGCUUAAGUUCCUACAAAUUAGAGGCUAAAAUGCGGGCUUCUAAGAAAAAGUUUAAGGAAAGGAACCCCCUAAAUUUGGACAAAUGUCAAAAACCAACCGAAGAUGAAAUCAAGGAGCGAAUAGCACGAUCUGGUCGGACUGUUCCUGAGGGUAUUGAAGGAUUUUCCGCUUUAACUGACAAAACUUUCAUGGAUAAUCUUUUCUCUGGUGGCUUGUAA